AAGUUACGUACCUGCUCCCACAGGCAAUAUCAUCACAGAGAAAACAUGGCGAGGUUAAGCGAGCACGGGAUUCGCCUCAGUUCUAUGAGCCCUUCUUUCCUGAACAGCAACUCCACCAGUCACACCUGGCCGUUCAGCGCGGUGGCAGAGUUAAUAGACAAUGCUUCAGACCCUGGUGUGUGUGCCAAACAGAUCUGGAUAGAUGUAGUUAAAAUCAGCGAUGAGCUUUGCUUGACGUUCACUGAUAAUGGCAGUGGGAUGACGCCUAAUAAGCUGCACAAGAUGCUUAGCUUCGGCUUCACAGAAAAGGGCUCUGGUAAGGCCAGUCAAAAUGCCAUCGGCUUGUACGGAAACGGCUUCAAGUCCGGCUCCAUGCGUCUCGGCCGGGACGCUCUCAUUUUCACCAAAAAUGGCGGCUGUCAGACAGUGGGACUUCUCUCACAGACCUACCUCCAGAACAUCAAAGCCCAGGCAGUCAUUGUUCCCAUAGUCCCCUUCAACCAACAAACUAGGUCUCUGGUUGUGACUGAAGAUUCAGAGGCCAGCCUGGCGGCCAUCCUGGAACACUCCAUCAUCAAGUCCCAGGAGGAGAUCCUCACUCACUUCGACUCCAUUCCUUCAAAAAAAGGCACCAAGAUACUGAUAUGGAAUAUCCGCAGAGCCAAAGAUGGUAAGACUGAGAUUGACUUCGACUCAGAUUCAUCGGACUUUCGUUUGCCCGAGAUUCAUCUGGAAGAGCUGAAGCAGGGUCUGAGGAACAGUGGGACCCUGAGGCCUGAGCAGAACAUCCCAGACAUGUAUUACAGUCUAAGGGCCUACCUCAGUAUCCUGUACCUGAAGCCACGGACCCAGGUCAUUCUAAGAGGGAAGAAAGUCCUGGCCAAGUUGGUGUCCAAAAGUCUGACUCACAUCGAACAUGACGUCUAUAAACCUCAGUUUAGCAAAGAGAAGGUGAAGGUGACUUUUGGUCUAAACCCUAAAAAGAAGGAGCACUAUGGCAUCAUGAUGUACCACAAGAACCGACUCAUUAAGGCCUAUGAGAAAGUUGGCUGCCAGCUCAAGGCAUCAGGUCAAAGGGUUGGCAUUGGGGUAAUCGGCAUCAUUGAGUGUAAUUUUCUCAAACCAGCUCAUAACAAACAGGACUUUGAGUACACUAAAGAAUACAGACUCACCCUUGGUGCUUUGGGUCUAAAACUUAAUGAUUUCUGGAAGGAGGUCACAGAAAAGAGGGCCAGAGAACGAGAGUUUCAGGCACUAGAUAAAGAAGACGGUGAAGACCAAGAGGAUUCUGAAAUGGGUCCAUUGUGGUUACAGUGUGAAGAAUGUCUCAAAUGGCGAAGUGUCCCACCACACUAUUAUAAGGUCACUCCUGAAAACUGGACCUGCAGCCUAAACCCCAAUCGUCGUUACAGAAGCUGCUCUUCGCCAGAGGAAACCGAGGAGAGCGAGGAACAGUUAACACCCAGCUACCAAAAAAACCACAAGAAAAUAGACCAGUCCAGAAGUAGGAAACGAGAGAAAUCACGAGAGGUUCAGCACUCAGAGGAACUCGCAGAAAAGAAUGAAACCCUGUCACCCAUUUCCUCAAAGCAACCUUGUUCCCUGUCCCCAAACAAACCUGAAGACGGUACACAUGAAAAGAGACUAGAUCAGGACGAGGCAUGUUUGCAGAAAGACAAUCACGCAAACGAUGAGAUAAAAACUCGAUUGGUUAUACAAUACCAAGGGAAGGUUGCUGGAAGCAAAUUGGUCAAUGAAGAGCAGAAGGAAGCUGAAAAUGUGGAAUAUGACCAGAGGCUUGAAGAGAAGGAGGACGAGGACAAGCAGAUGGAGACAGUGGAGAAGCAGACGGAGACAGUGGAGAAGCAGACGGAGACAGUGGAGAAGCAGAUGGAGGCAGUGGAGAGAGAGGAGGAGCACACAGAGGCUUUCAGCCGCAAAAGAAAGUCUGAACCUAUUUUUACCUAUAUAACAAAAAAGCGCUGGAGACAGCAGCAGCUGGACUCGGGGAACGCUGCAGAGCAUCUGCCUCUUGAGAAACAAACAAACACGUUUAGGAAGGACAGCAGCAGCCAAGUGGAGAAACCAAACAACUUGCAGCUAAACCCAACCAACAACACCUGGACCUACUCCACACAAGCCACCCAGACCGUGGUGGUGUCCCCACUGAGGACAGAACGGCCGCAGAGCAGAGCACUGCCUCCAGAGCUGGGGGAGCGGGAAGUCAAGGUGCAGAAGCUAGCUGCUUUGGAGAGGGAAGCUGAGCGGCUUAGGAGCCUUCUGGGGUUGGAGGUUUCCAAGAAAACGCAAGGCACCAUGACGACUGCUGACAGUGUUGCUGAGAAAGGCGGGAUGGGGAGAUCGACCGCAUCCACAACAAGCAAGGACGUUGGAUGCCAAACUACCAUGCCUGAGUGCUCCACUUCAGUGCCAGGCAUGGAGAGCAGAUCAAGAAAGGAGAGGAGUGAAAGUCAGAGCCGAGUUAGAGUGAGUGACGGCGACGGCUGUGAUGAAAACAGAUCAGCUCAGCAGAAUCUGCGUGACAUCCGUAACAACGUGGUGGUGCUCCUCACGGCUCUGCUGCCGCAGCUGGACCUGGCUGGCAUUAGUUUAGAGUCGGCAGACGUAGACAACAUCCUGCAGCAGAUCAUAGAGGUUAACUCACUCAAACUAUGAGCGCCUCUCCAGUCAAGUAGAAGAUGGUCCUCUGGUGUCUCCUACAAAGGAGUACACUAAACACAGAUUUCCCCCUUCAUGUGAUGCUCUUCCUUACCUCAUGGCAUCAGCACGUUCGGAGAUUCCCUAAUCCCCUGGAAUACGAUUAUUUUACAGGAGCAUCUUGCAGUGGAUUCCCCAUUUCUCUCAUGUGAGUGAAAAACUGAAGCAUUCUGAAGCCAAAUUUGGGGAUCUGCUCCAAAAGACUUUACACACUUGUAACUACAGAACCAUGCAAACCAAGACAGGAAUGAAAGCUGUUUGUUAUGGUCUCAGUGGUGGCAAAGGGGUAGAACAUUCAACCCAGAUUCAGAGCCCUUAAGGCCAGAACACACCGAAUCCGAUUUUGUGUCCGGUCCGACAGAAAAUCUUGUCGGAGGAUGCUGUGGCGUUUAGCGCUCAUUGAAAGUCAGCGGGGAUGAUCACACCUGACACGAUUUUCCACAAGGGGCUUGCGUAGGUCUGACUGAGUUAGACUCCAGGUCUAUUUUAGUCAGACUACGCAGCAAUUCUGCAACAAGUUCAUGGGUCUGACAGGAGGAGAGGUGUGGUUACAAAGUAAAUCAUGUCCGCUUUGGGGGGAAGAUAGAAAAUAAAAUCUGUUUAUCGCAUGGGGAAAGAAUCAGUUUUGGAGUCGCACAGAGCAUACACAGCAAGCGGGACAGACUGGUGUAAAAUCAAUCAAUGAAAAAUAGAAUAGUUUACCCACAACGGGAGAUCAGGAGUAUAUAAUACGGAUAAAGUAGUGAUCCUCUUUGAGCUUCGCAAAACAACGAGGGGGCAAAAAGCUCAGUUUAUCGAUCUCCUUGAAAAGCAAUAACUUCAGGAUGAGAAAAAAAUCUGUAUAGU